CCAUACAGCGCGAUCCUUGAUUCCGGGGCAGCGGUGUUGGCAAUAUCUUUGCAAGUAGUGGAACGGGCCGGAAGAAGGAAGGAUUUGAUCCCACUCAACGAAGGAGACCGUUUGAUCUCCGCCGAUGAGGAGAGGAUCAGAGCAGUAGGAAAAAUGACAAACGUCGCCUUUAAGUUGGGAAAAGUUCACGCCUUGGGAGACGUGGUGGUUCUCAAUGUGAACUCGUACGACGUACUCAUCGGACUGCCUGCGUUAGACGCCCUCCAGGCCAAUCUACACUUUGAGCGGCGGGAGGUGGUUAUCAAGAAUACCGGGGUUAAGCCGUAUGCAGUCCCCAUGCGCCUCACCCUCCGCACGACUACCAACCCGCCACGUAGAUCUCACCCAGAGGUAGGCGGGCCGAUUCAGACAGUCACCUGGGACGGACUCCUAGAGGACUCAGAGACUAGCAACGAAGAACACGCGUCCCCGCUCCUCGAGGAUUCGGAAAGCGAGGAUGAGAUAGACCCGGUGGUUCAAGAGUUGACACGAAGGAUAAUUCGUUACCCAGUCCAGCAGAAAACGACGAAAACGUUCGUGUGGACCGAAGAGAAUGUCCAACGAACGCGAGCUCUGAUCAUAGGAGAACCCCUGGUACAGGUGUCCAGGAUUCCCAACUCUUCGGAACCCACGCGGACCCUGUACGAGGACGCUACUCCCUUGCUUCCCCGAUACGUAGAUAAGCGGUCCUUCUGCGACGUCACGGAACCCCCUCCCCGAUCGCUUCUUACCACAGACAAGGAGAUACGAUUGUUGCGUCUAGGAGCGGAAGUACAGGCUCCGGAACCUCCUGGGUGCCCCGAAGCCUCGAUGUUUGAUGUCGGGAUAAGAAUCGCUGAGAAAUCGGUGGAUCCCUGGGAUAUCGAGGAUGGAAUAACCCCCGAAGAACACGUGGCCAUCCGAGAGGAAGAAGCCCUGAUGGUAGCCACCGUGUUCUCGUGGCGGUCGGACAACUCUUUCAUCUCUUCCCCGCCGCCCCGGGACUCUAAGGCAGUACGUACCAAACACGUUACAGUCGAUAUACACGGGCGGCCUUACGAGUUGCACGUGCCAGAAUACCUGCCCGACGGAACCCACCAACUUAUUGCAGAGAUCGUACAGGAAUAUCGGGGUGCUAUCAGCAUUGAUGACGCAAACAUUGGGUUAUCCUUAAUAAUCCAACACGAGAUUCAGACCGGCAAUCACCCGCUGAUUCAUUGCAAACCAUAUCGAUACUCAUUGGCAGAACGAAAGGCGGCACUCGAGCGAAUCCAGGAAUUCGAGGCUAAUGGUUGGAUAGAGCCCGAUAUCGGUCCUUGGUCCUUUCAAGUAGUUUUGGUUCCGAAAAAGAACGGAUCAGUUCGCAUUUGCAUUGAUUAUCGGAAAUUGAAUGACAUCACGAUCAAGGAUGUGUACCCCCUCCCUCGAAUUGAUGAUCUACUGGAUGCGAUUGGCUGUGCGAAUUAUUUCAGUAAAUUUGAUAUUCGGCACGGGUUCCACCAUAUGCUUGUGAGGGAAGAAGAUCGACCGAAGACGACGUUUGUCUUGUUUGAGGGCACGUGGCAGUGGGUUCAAUGCCCUAUGGGUAUAUGCAAUGCGCCGGCAACUUUCCAGCGGGCAAUGAAUGUCACUUUCCAGAACUUCGUGAACAAGACCAAGUUAACUCAGGGCGUGAUCAAUUUUUGCGUUAUCGUGUACAUGGACGAUAUUUUGGUAUAUUCUGAAUCAUUCCAUGGACACGCGCAGCAUAUUGAAUGGACACUUGGCUCGCUACGGGAUGCCGGUUUCAAGAUUGCGUUGGAGAAAAGCGAAUUCUUCCUGUCCGAGAUCUCGUUCCUGGGAUACGUGGCAACCCGAGGAGGCUUGAGACCGGAUUCGAGGAAGGUCGAGGCUGUUCGGGAAGCACCCACGCCCACGUCAUUGACCUGCCUGAAUCCCGGGAUGAUUACGGACGCUCUCUUCAGCCUGGUGAGCGGACGAGAGGAGGAGGAGGAGGAGGAGGAGGACGAGGAAGAGGAAGAAACCGAGGAAGAGGCCUCCGAAGAGGACGAGGAUUAUAGCGAGCAUAGUGAGCAUGAGGCGGGGGCGGUGAGCAAAGAAGAAGAAGUAGAAGAGCGGGAGGAGGCCGAAGAAGAAGCGGCCAGAGAAGGGGAAGCGGAGCAGACGGAAGCCCAGGAGGAGGAUCCGAAGAGAGAACGGCGUAGGACGGCCAUCGCAAAAGGAAAGCAGUCAUUGGAACUGUUGGUAGGAGUUGACCUGCGUGUUCCGGGCGACCCGACUAAAGAUCCCGAGCCGCCGGCCAAGGAAGAUGAGCACCCUCAUGCAAAGACUUCUGGCACGGCGACGCACAGGCGAUCCCACUCCCCCUCCCCUUCCCCCCGUCCCUCAUUUCGAGCUCGUGGCAAUUAGGGACAUCGGGCUACGUCUCCGUUCCCUAUCCCGCCGUCCCCUUGAUUACAUCACCUUCCGAC